UUCCUUGAGUCAUUCCCUGCUCUUACUCCAAAAAGAUGCACCCAGGUCCGAAGGGGCACUGCCACUGUGGGGGGCAUGGCCAUCCUCCAGGUCACUGCGGGCCACCCCCCGGCCACGGCCCAGGGCCCUGCGGGCCACCCCCCGGCCACGGCCCAGGGCCCUGCGGGCCACCCCCCGGCCACGGCCCAGGGCCCUGCGGGCCACCCCCUGGCCACGGCCCAGGGCCCUGCGGGCCACCCCCCGGCCACGGCCCAGGGCCCUGUGGGCCUCCCCCUGGCCAUGGCCCAGGGCACCCACACCCUGGUCCACAUCACUGAGGAAGCAGAAGAAAACAGGACACAAGAUGGCAAGCCUGAGAGAAUUGCCCAGCUGACCUGGAAUGAGGCCUGAACCACAAUCUUCUUUUCCUAAUAAACAGCCUCCUAGAGGUCACGUUCUAUUAUUUAAA